AUGGGUGGUGACUUUUUGCACGUCGCUAUAGAUGUAUCGGGAGAUGGAAAGUUGCCGGUGCCGCCCAAGGAUCUCAACGAUCCGCUGACCCAAGUCUUUAACUUCACAAUGUUCUUGACUAGCAACACACUCUUGAAAAACUUUACAAUCUCUAAUAUAUCGACCACAACACCACCACUUGCCAACAUCAUGAACCAAGAGCCAGGGCAGACGGUGAAGCACAUCAAUUUCGAGUGGCCUGACUGUCUAGUCGGUGAUGGCAAAGAAGACAUAGGGACUACAGCACGGGGCGAAUACAACAUUUCGAUCCACCAGAACUUCCGGCUGAACGGCAAUGACUUCUAUAGCGUUUUCAACCUGCCAAUAUCCGUCACGAACAGCAUCUCGCAGUUUCCGGGUGCAAAACAGCUUCUCACCAAGCCUCCGCCGGGGCCUCUAGGCGCAAAUGGCGGUCGUAUGAGCUGCGACAUGAUCUCGAACCCAAUCAUGAACUUCACGGCUCUCGUCAAUAGCGUAAACAAUCCACCGGGUCAGCCUUUUCAGGACCUGGCGAUCGAGACGACCCCGAGGAAUGACGGUGGCCAAGUCGGUGGGCCUGGAGUCGCAAGCGGUAAUGGCGGCACACCUGCAGGAGGUACAGCUCAAGGCCAGGUCGGCAGCGGAGGCUCAGCUCUUAGCAUACGAUAUCGUCAGCCUGUACUCGUAGUAGCAGCGACGAUCUUGGGUUUCGCCAUACGCUUUUGA